AUGGCCGGCGUUCAUCACUUUCCAGUAUCUUUUAAUUCAUUGAAUCCGAAUCCAUUCAACAAUCCGCAUCAUUAUCAUCAUCACUAUUUCAACUCGAAACCAUUCGAACUUGAUUUUCAACAAAAAUUCGAAUAUUGGUUCAAAAAUAAUGAUAUUCAAAAGGUGGAAAACGUUGAUUUCACGAGUCGUACAGCAGCAGAAUGGGAAUCAAAUGCAGUAAACGAUGAAAAAGCAGUUAAAAUAGAUAAUGAAGUGUUAUUACGGAAUCAGACACGAACAGGAACUAAUCAGCUUGGAGGAGUAUAUGCGAAUGGACGUCCGCUACCCGUGCAUUUACGUGAGGAGAUUAUUAAGAUGGCAUCAUCGGGUACGAAGCCAUGUCAGAUUUCACGUGAACUUCGAAUUUCACACGGUUGUGUGUCGAAGAUUCUUUCAAAGUAUCGUGACACGGGGUCAAUAAGGCCUGGAAAAAUCGGUGGAUCGAAGCCUAAAAAAUCUCUACCUCAGGUCGUAUCAGCGAUAUCAAUCUACAAGCGUUAUCGGCCGUCGAUUUAUUCGUGGGAGAUACGUGAUCGCUUAAUUUCUGAUGGUGUUUGCAAUACUCAUAAUGUACCGAGCGUGUCUUCAAUCAAUCGGUUCAUUAUAAUCAGUUGUUUUAUCAAAAAAUUUUAUUCAGUUGCUUUAUCUCUUACCAUCCACUAA